AUGGGCGAAGGUCAAGAAGGUUUUAUAUCAAGGAAUUGUUCCUAUACAAACUGUUUUGUGACAAGCAACAGAACAUAUCUCGGUGAUUAUACGAAGUUUGAUGUUAUAGCAUUUGCUGGUCCUGAAGUGAGAUUCAUGCACACUCCUGGUUACCCCGAUCGUGUCCCUGAAAAUAGGUCACAGCAUCAGAAAUAUGUAUUCGCUAGUAUUGAGUCAGCUGACAACUAUCCAAUGUGUUCAGAUGAAUUUGAUGGGUUUUUUAAUUGGACGUGGACAUACAGAUUAGAGUCUGAAGCAAAAUGGGGAUAUAUUGUGAUACGCGACGCACAAAAUAAUAUAAUAGGUCCAAAAAUCAAUAUGAAUUGGUUAAAAAAAGACCAAAUGGAUGUGGUGGGUAAGGAUAUCAAGGAAAAGUUAAGCCAAAAAAACAAAGCAGUGGCUUGGUUUGUUUCCAAUUGUGUUUCUAGAAGUCGACGUGGGAAAUUUGUUAGUGCGUUAGGUAUGUGGUUAGCAAAAUAUGACCUACAAAUAGAUAUAUAUGGUGAAUGCGGAUUCAUGAAAUGUUCUCGUGAUAAUGAAGAGGAGUGCGAUAAAAUUAUUGAAAGAGAUUACUAUUUUUAUUUAUCUUUUGAGAACUCGUUUGCUGAGGAUUAUGUAACGGAGAAAUUAUUGCAUCCACUAAAAUACUUGGCGGUGCCUAUUGUAUAUGGUGGUGCAAAUUAUUCAAGAUUCAUGCCGGACAAUAUUUACUUAGAUGCAAGAGAAUUGGGACCGCAGAAGUUGGCAAACAAAAUAAAUGAACUUAUUGAAAAUCCAGAUUUGUACGCUGAAUACUUCAGAUGGAAAAAAUAUUAUUCUUAUCACAGUAGAUCAGAAAAUAUUGAAACAAAUGAUUACUGUGGCUUUUGUUCAUUGUUAAAUGAUGAAAAAAUGGUUAAAAAAACUUCUAUCUAUGAAGACUUUAAGAACUGGUGGGAUCCACCUGAUCGUUGUUAA